AUGGGGCCUCUCUCAUCGUCACCCACCUCCAAUGUUGCAGUAAAGCCGAUCACAUCGGAGGCCGACCUGCCCUUCUGCGCACAUUUGGCUGACAGAGCCCUGAAAUCGGACACAUUCCAUGAGUUCAAGGCUCGGUACUGUUCACAGAACGUAUACGAAGAGACACUGCAGAAAUUAACCGAAUCACUGCGCGACGAUCGAGGCAGGUAUUCUUUGCUCAAGGCGGUCGUGCCGGCUUCAUCGGUAAUCGCGUCGGAACAGAGCAAAGAGCAGACGGCUCAGCGGUCGGGAGCAGAUGACGCUGAGAUCAUCGUAGGGUUUGCGCAUUGGCGGUGUGGCUAUGUCGAAGUCCCGAAGAUGGAUCCGUUUGCGGCACGCAAAGCACCGGAGACGAAUCCGAGUCUUGACUUAGGCGUAACAAGCGUGGCAGUCGCUGAGGGAAAUGGGUACGAUACGCCGAGCGCGGUCUCGACGGAUCUGGGAUCUGUAGCUGGUGGGAAGGUUGAAAACCCCCAACAGACACAGCCCUUCUACUCGAAUCCGCAUGACGAACUCGGCCGGAAACUGAUGAACACGUAUAUCGGCACGAUGCGAGGGAAGCGGCAUGUUUAUCUCCACCGCCUGAUUGUAGACCCAUCUUACCAGCGUCAAGGCAUCGGGCAGAAACUGCUCAACUGGGGAAUCGAGACAGCCGACCGGGAGAAUAUUGGCGCAUGGCUCUUCUGUCGCCCCGCUGGGUACAAGCUGUAUGAGCGAAAUGGGUGGAAGGCUCUUCUUACGAUUCCGGUAGACGUACCCGACGAAGAUUUAGCAGUUCCGCCUGUUGUAGCGAUGUUAAGGUCGCCUGCAGGACACAGAGGGUAA